UCAUCAACCAUUAUCUUUCAAUUCCUCAAUUUCUCAUCGCCAUUGUUUAAUCGCAUCGCUUUCGAUUCCUACAAGCUUCAGAUAUCAUUUUGAAUUCCGGCGAUUAUUUUUACUGCUAUUCUACAAAGCCCUUUGUUUGCUUUGUGUAGCGCUGACGUUGUCGUCACCAAAGUGUGCAACACCUCUACUGUCAAGAACAGCCAGUCACCAGACUACAGGAAAGCGUCCGCUUGGGCACAGUACCUGGCUGUCACCGCCGGUAACAGGACUUCACUUGCUCUUCACUUUUCACAGCUAUCAAAAAUGGUCGCUCCAAUGAGAUCUUUUUUUUUUUUUUCUGCUUCCACCGAGAUUUACACUCCUCCUGCUCCUAGACUUGGCUACCACGACGAAUGGGAACCUUAUACUCCCCGCAAGUCUGCCAGAAUUUCUUCACAGCAGUCUACUGUCCGAACCCCAUCACCUGCCACUCCCAGAACUUCGAAGAAGGCCAACACACAAAAAUCGGUUGUUAUGACCUCACCACUUCAAUCUCCACGCAAGAAGCGUCAGACCUCCGGAGACCAGUCUCGCAAUGUAUCUGGUACGGCCGACGGUCUUGGCCUACCCACACCAUCAAAAACUCCUCGAAAAGUAUCCAACACGACUGCCUCAACCAGCAUUCAAACUUUCGCUCGCAACCUCUUUUCGGCGGAUGAUUCCGCUAUGCCUAAGAAGCGCCGCGGAAAGAAAUACUCAGGCAUGACGAUGGAUAGCUUUACCGUGGAAGACGAGGAUGAUUCAAUCGAGAUCUUUACUGAUUCCCAAGAUCGUAUCCCCGUCAAGGACAACAGCGCUGAGAACCCCUUCUACAGCUCUUCAGCCAAGACAACGGACGCCGCUCAGCGCCGCGCCAAGCGCCGCAAUGUGUUUAUUCCUGGCGAGGGUGCUCAGUCCAUUUCAGAUGCUGCUCACCGCGAAGACGGUAUGGUGUACGUAUUCCGUGGCAAGAAGUUCUUCCGCAAGUUUUCAGAAGACGAAGACGAACUUCAAGGAGACGACUCCGACGCACAGUUUGUUCAGCCUCUCAGCCGAUCUUCCAUCAAGCCUCGUCUGCUCUUCCCUCAAGAAAAGUCAGCCGAAGCUCUGGAAGAGGAAGAGGCAACCACCGAUGUCGAGGAUAACAUCAAAUCCCAAGUACGCCAAACACCUGCCACACCUAGCAAAGCCAAGUCGACCCACGUGGAAACGCCUGAAGCGCCUCGAUUUGCACCUAUUUCACCACCAGACAGCAAAAGAGCCACUCGAUCAACCAACAGGGUUCAGGAACUGGCUACUCCUUCCAAGAGCAAGGGCCGCAAGAGUCCAUUUGACUCUUGGCCCCGAAUCAAAGACCCUCGCGGCCAAGCUUCAACCAAGCGAGUUGGCGAGACCUUGGAUCAGGCACCUGCUAAGCGCACGCGCGCUUAAGUAAACACUCAUAUUUCUUUUCUUGCCUUGUAUAGGUUUGACGGCUAUCACUUUCUUUGGUUUCCGUUGUUUUUUUUUCCUGUUAAUGAAUUGGAGCCCUCGAAGGCAUGGUAUAUUGGACAGUUUGUUUAGUACGGUUUAGAGUCAAGCAUAUUCGACACUUGUUGCCUACACAUUUUUGGCACAUGAACAUGAUGGAAGCGGGAAUGUUAAGGUUUAUCUGUUUUUCGGAAUUCGGCGUU